CAGUCCGCCCGCAGCCGGCGAGCCCGAGAGUCGCCGAGGGCCCGGAGCCUCGGACGCCGGCACCUCCUCCUGCCAUUGUUCAUCCGGCAGCUGCAGCGAGCGGUGGGCGCGGGACCCUGGUCCCCGUAGCGCCGCAACAUCAUGACAACAGAGAAGAGUUUAGUGGCUGAGGCUGAAAAUUCACAGCACCAACAACAGAAGGAAGAGGGAGAGGGAGCUACAAACUCAGGCCAACAAGAAAGUCAGCUGGGAGAGGUUUCUCAAGCAGCAGCUGAGGGAGAUAAUCAGUGUGAGCAGAAGCUGAAAACAUCUAAUGGAGACACUCCUACACAUGAAGACUUGACCAAGAACAAGGAGCGGACAUCAGAAAACAGGGGCCUGUCACGGCUGUUCUCCUCAUUUCUCAAAAGGCCUAAAUCUCAGGUCUCUGAGGAAGAAGGCAAAGAAGUAGAGUCAGCUAAAGAGAAAGGUGAAGGAGGUCAGAAAGACAUAGAAUUUGCAACCAGUCUUGAUGAAGAGGUCAUUUUAAAGGCCCCAAUUGCAGCUCCUGAACCUGAACUCAAAACAGACCCAUCCUUGGAUCUUCACUCAUUAAGCAGUGCAGAAACACAGCCUGCUCAGGAAGAACGCACAGAAGAUCCAGAUUUUGAAACUAAGGAAGAAGGAGGAGUUGAAGAGUGCUCUAAAAUAGAAGUGAAAGAAGAAAGCCCUGAAUCAAAAGCAGAAAGAGAAUUAAAAGCUUCCCAGAAAUCAAUCAGAAGACACAGAAACAUGCAUUGCAAGGUUUCUUUGUUGGAUGACACAGUUUAUGAAUGUGUUGUAGAAAAACAUGCAAAAGGACAAGAUUUACUUAAGCGAGUGUGUGAACACCUCAAUCUUUUGGAAGAAGACUACUUUGGUCUAGCCAUUUGGGAUAAUGAAACCUCCAAGACAUGGCUGGAUUCUGCCAAAGAAAUAAAAAAGCAGGUUCGUGGUAUCCCUUGGAAUUUCACAUUUAAUGUAAAAUUUUAUCCACCUGACCCAGCACAGUUAACAGAAGAUAUAACAAGGUAUUAUUUAUGUCUUCAACUUCGACAAGACAUAGUUGCAGGACGUCUGCCAUGUUCCUUUGCAACUUUAGCAUUAUUAGGUUCUUAUACCAUCCAGUCUGAGCUGGGCGAUUAUGACCCUGAACUCCAUGGUGCGGAUUAUGUUAGUGAUUUUAAACUGGCCCCAAAUCAGACCAAGGAACUUGAAGAGAAAGUCAUGGAACUGCAUAAGUCAUACAGGUCCAUGACUCCAGCUCAAGCUGACCUGGAAUUUCUUGAGAAUGCCAAAAAGUUGUCUAUGUAUGGUGUUGACCUUCAUAAAGCAAAGGACUUGGAGGGAGUGGACAUCAUCCUAGGUGUCUGCUCUAGUGGCCUUCUGGUUUACAAAGAUAAGCUGAGAAUUAACCGCUUUCCUUGGCCCAAAGUGCUGAAGAUUUCUUAUAAACGUAGCAGCUUUUUUAUCAAGAUUCGGCCUGGAGAGCAAGAACAGUAUGAAAGUACCAUCGGAUUCAAACUUCCCAGUUACCGAGCAGCUAAGAAAUUAUGGAAAGUCUGUGUAGAGCAUCACACAUUUUUCAGACUGACAUCUACAGACACCAUUCCUAAAAGCAAAUUUCUUGCACUGGGAUCCAAAUUUCGAUACAGUGGCCGAACUCAAGCUCAAACCAGACAAGCUAGUGCUCUGAUUGACAGGCCAGCCCCACACUUCGAGCGUACAGCAAGUAAACGGGCAUCCCGGAGCCUUGAUGGAGCGGCUGUCGAUUCAACAGACCGAAGUCCUCGGCCCACUUCUGCACCAGCCAUUGCUCAGAGUCAGGACACAGAAGGCAGUGUGCCAGGUGCACCUGCCAAAAAAACAGGGGUUUCUAAAGCACAGAAGGAAACAGUGAAGGAUGAAGAGAAAAAGGAGGAAGUGCCACCUGAGCAAGCUGAGCCAGAGCCCACAGAAGUGUGGAAGGGGGGAAAAACCCACAUCGAGGUCACAGUACCCACCUCCAAUGGUGACCAAACACAGAAGCUUGCAGAAAAAACUGAAGAUCUGAUAAGAAUGAGGAAGAAAAAGAGAGAGAGACUAGAUGGUGAAAACAUUUAUAUCAGACAUAGCAAUUUAAUGUUGGAGGAUUUAGACAAAAGUCAAGAAGAGAUUAAAAAACAUCAUGCCAGCAUCAGUGAACUGAAAAAGAACUUCAUGGAAUCUGUACCUGAACCACGGCCUAGUGAGUGGGAUAAACGCUUAUCCACUCACUCCCCGUUCCGAACACUUAACAUCAAUGGCCAAAUCCCGACAGGAGAAGGAGUGAAGAAAACCUCUAUCCUUCCCUCGGAAAGAAAGGUUGGUGGGCCAGAGAAUAUAAAUGGCAUUCGCACAGAGGAGGCGGCUGCCGUGACAAAGGGGCCAUCUACCAACCCUGACUCUGAAUGGGAGGGCCCCAAGCAUUCAGUAAUUCCUAGUAAGAGCCAAAUGACCACCCCCGCGGAGUCUCCACAAAGCUUUGACUUUGGCUCCCUCUCCAUAAGCAGCAAGGAAACAGAAGAGAAGGAGCAGGGGGCUGCUGGCCAUCUUGAUAUUAAGGAAAUGCCAAGAGGCCCAAGUGGGGAAUGUAUAGCAGUGGAGGAACAGGCCAGUGCCUUAAAGCUCUCAGUAUCACCAGCUUCCUCUCAGCUGCAACUUGGUGAAACAGAGGCAGAGAGUAGUGAAGAACAUGUUACACCAGGAGAGCCACUUGGAAAGCAAAAUGGAUCAUUUCCUGACUCUUGUGUGGGUAACCAGUUCCCCACCCUCAUUCGAAGUUUCCAGCCUCCCCUGGUGAAGACUCAGACCGUCACCAUCUCGGACACGGCCAAUGCUGUGAAAAGUGAGAUCCCAACCAAAGACGUCCCUAUUGUCCACACUGAGACCAAGACCAUCACCUACGAGGCUGCUCAGACUGACGAGAGCAAUGGGGACCUGGACCCAGGAGUCUUGCUGACAGCUCAGACCAUCACCUCUGAGACCACCAGCAGCACCACCACAACUCAGAUUACCAAGACUGUCAAAGGUGGGAUAUCAGAGACCCGGAUUGAAAAGAGAAUUGUGAUCACAGGAGAUGCUGAUAUUGACCAUGAUCAGGUCCUUGUGCAGGCCAUCAAGGAGGCCAAGGAGCAGCACCCAGACAUGUCAGUGACCAAGGUGGUCGUCCAUCAGGAGACUGAAAUCUCUGAGGAAUGAGCUCAGGAAUCACUUACCCCCGACUCCCUGCCCGCCUCCCAUCCAAGAGAAAACCAGAGAAAUGAUCAAGAAGCUAACCUGCAAUAGUCAGACUUCAGACUUUCGAGGUUCUAAACCACCAGAAAAUUAACUUCAUUUUCUAUUUGGAGUUUAUACCAACAGAGUCUUUUAGACAUCGCUGACCUUUUGAAUACCUUUUUCUAUAUUGUGAUACUAGAACUGUUCAACUUUUCACUCUACGAACUCUUUUUAAAGAGCUUUUUGGUUUUUAUGGGGUGGUUUGUAACCCCUUCAACCCAGCCUCUCCCCAUUUAUUUCCAACCCAGAUGCUGAGGGGUCCACAGAUUCUUCUGGAAAGCCUCCAAAGACUCUGUCCGCUGCAUCAGGGCCCAGGCCAGCUGCAUGGGGCUGCCCUGCUCUCCCCUCGUUUUACACCCUUCGGGCGACAGUAGAAACUUUAAAAACCAGCCCUUUCUCAGAGCCAAUGACGUGACUUUACAAGAAUGUCGGGCAGGGCGCUGCCCUGAUCCACAGACCAGGAAAGUGUCCCUGUCCCUUUGUGGAGGGUGGUUUGGGGGAGGCAGAGACCUCUGCUAAGAAUGUGGUAUUGCUUUUCCUUCCUCCCUCCUAUUCUUUCUUUUUGGAGAUUCUUUAGAUCAAAGAUAUAAGAAGUUGCUCAGCUCUA